AAAAGAGCGAUCACCUGGCAACGGCUAAGUGAUAAACUGAGAAACAUCUCAGAUCACGUGAAUGAAUUUUAUUUCAUCAUGGAUCAGUUAGAAGAGCUACAAAACAAGAAAAAUACUUGUUUAACAAACAUAGAAAAUUCAAACCAACCUAAAGAUGGUUUAUAUUGUCCCAUGAUCUGGGAUGGUGCUUAUUGUUGGCCACAUGUUCCUGCUGGAACUCUGCAUUCUGUAGCUUGUCCCGACUACAUUCAUGGUUUCAAUACACGAGCCCAGGCGACAAAACUCUGCAUGUUAAAUGGAGAAUGGUGGAUAAAUGAUAAAACCAAUCAGAGUUGGACAAAUUAUUCUCUUUGCACAAAAUACGAAUUAGAUACUUUUGAUAAUCUGAAUAGUUAUCAUACAUACUUACUAAAGCAAUAUCUAGAACAAUUUCACAUAUUACCAAAAACAACAUAA